AUGUCUGCAGCACAAUUUCAACCUCAUGCUCCCCGUGUACAGCAGUGUAUCGAUGCUACAGCAGCACCGGCGACCGCUCCUCCUCCAACUUACCGCGAGGCCGCAGCGGCCGGAACUCCCAAUGUUAUCAACCUUGCGCGGCCUGAACCCCCACGCCGAUGCUGGAUCUGUCUGGUGGAUGAGACGGAGGGCGCACCGGACGGUGCACCUUCAACACUUGUCUGGAAGAAGCCUUGUACUUGUUCGCUUGUAGCGCAUGAGCACUGCCUCUUGAACUGGAUCUCCAUCCAGGAAUCCGAUGCCCGUUCUGAUAAAGCAACCUGCCCACAAUGUCGCCAACCAAUCCACACACGAGACGCCUCCCCCUCCCCCCUCCUCCGCGUCCUCGAAACGAUCGAUCACGAAUUCAAACGCGUGAUGCCCAUCCUCGUAGGCUACGGCAUGGGAACAACGAUCCAUAUCGCCGCAUGUUCGUACGCUUUUACUACGUUGGAGAAGGUGUGCGGUGAGAAUGUCCUUCGCAUGGUCGUCAAGCACUUCGACAACCCCCUCGACCGCCGAUGGUGGCACUACAGCGUUGGCUUCCCCUUAGUCCCCCUCUACCUUCUCGCCAUCGAAUCCCGCUCUACAACCCUCCCCUUCCUCCUCGAACUCCUCGCACACACCAUCCUGCCCCUCCCUUCCCUCACCUUCGAACGCCUCCACGCCCAUCCAAGUACAUGGCCGGCUUCAAGUCUUGUUACGAUGGCGGGUUUCGCUAAGACAAAUGUUUGGGAUAAGAUCUAUGUGCAGAAAUUGGUGCCGGUAAAGGAGAGGUGGGAGAGGGAGGCAAGGGGGGCGGGGGAGGAGGACGAGGGUGCGCAGGGUGGCGAGCAGAGGUGGGAGUGGGAUUUGGGACGGUUUGGAGUCGACAUACAGUUCGGACAGGAACCCGUGGAAGAAGUUCCCGCUGUCAACCCUCCAGCCGAGAUCGCUGCCCAGCCCCCACGGCGCCGCGCAGUCAAAAUCACCUCCCCCAUCCGCACCCUCAUCCUUGCCCUCCUCCUCCCCUCCAUCUCUUCCUCCCUCGGUACCAUUCUACAGAGGAUUGGGAUGUUGAAGGGAGGAAGUAAGGUUUGGAGAAGCGUGGUUGGUGCGAUGUGUUGGUAUGUUGCGCGGGAUUUGGCGAGUGUUGGGUAUGCUUAUCUUAAGGUGCGGAGGAGGAGGGGGAGGGGGGUUGUAGGUGUUGACCAAUGA